CAACGGGGCUAUUGUCGUUACCGUUUGGGGGUGCUGGAGGGUCGCUCGCGGCACUGUUCAUCGAUUCGCUGCAGAGUGACGUCAGGACGCGGCGGGUAUAUACGCAAGCGAAAAUCCGCAACGCAACGCAAAGCUGUCGUGUUGCCGUUGCCGUCGUAGUCCUCGUCGUAGCCGUCGUAAUUUUCUUUUCCGUUGUAUUAUCAUUAACGAACGAUCGAAAUCGAAAAGAAGAGGAAACGUGUCUUUGUGCGCGAGGCCAUGCCGUGGCCCUGACCAAAGUUUUAUUCUGGCCCGAAUUGUCUUCGGUGCCAUUAUUCAACGGGGGUUCAACGAGUUUCUACGUUUUUUACGUUAUUCUUUGUGAGAGAGAGAGAGAGAGAAAGAGAGAGAGAGGGAGAGAUAGAGAAAGAGAGAAAUACAGACACACACACUCAUACAUACAUACAUACACACACACGCGUAAAGAGAUAUCGUUCGUUAGUGCGGACGCGCAGUUUAUUUCGACGAGAAUACGAACAAGAUUGUUUUUGUUCCAUCUAAUACGUACAGUGAACUAGUACGAUAACUACGUUCGUCAUCGAACUUCGAGGAUUACAUUCCGUAUCUGAGCGGUGCAGGAGCUCUCGUAAUCACUGGUGUAGCAGCGUAUUAUGCCACAAGACCUAAACCGGAAAAACCAUUGUGGCCACUCUCUGCUCAAAGCACUUUACUUCCGUAAUUCAUCGCGUAUCUCUCCUCAUGUCUACUAUACCUUGACAAACGACUAAAAGAUGUUCGGCGAAUGUCCAAUGUCCAAUAAAUCAACUGGGUGUCUUAUCGCCUUAACAGUAAAAUGAGAUAAUAGAGCAGCGGUGAAUUACUUUAUUCACUGGAUAAACGUAUACAACAUACGUACAUACAUGAUCCUUGAUGAUGGGUAUCGAUUUGAUAAGAGUCUCACGGUUCUACAAGGACAGCAAGGAAGGCAAGUUCGUAAGUUACAUUCACGAGGACACCAGGACGCUUUACGAAGGCUUUCGGAGAGGUGCCAAAGAGUCCAACAACGGUCCGUGUCUUGGCUGGCGAGAUGGACCCAACAAACCUUACCAAUGGAUUCACUACAACGAGACUCUCCUCAGGGCAAAGAACUUCGGUUCCGGUCUCGUAUCCUUGGGAUUGGUCCCUGGUCAGCACACAUUGGUGGGCUUAUAUAGUCAAAAUUGUCCUGAGUGGAUCCUGACGGAACAAGCAUGUUACACGUAUUCCUUGGUCAUCGUACCGCUUUACGACACACUUGGACCGGAUGCGUGUGCAUACAUUAUCAACCAGGCUGAUAUCAGUAUAGUAGUUUGCGAGGAUGAUAAAAAAUGUAACUUACUUCUCGACAAAGCUCCCAGAUGUUUAAGAAAGUUAAUCGUCAUUAAAGAAACGAGACCGGCGACAAAUCAGAGAGCGAAGAAUCGUGGGGUGGAACUUUUAAAGUUCGAGGAUGUCGAACGACUCGGUGCACAGAAGAAUCAACCUGAAGUACCACCAAGGGUGACGGACCUUUGUACGAUUUGUUAUACUUCCGGGACGACGGGCCACCCAAAAGGAGUGAUGUUGACGCAUCAAAACGUUAUGUCUGGCGUAUGCGCGGUCCUCUUACAAUUGGGUGAUCACAAACCGACCAGCAAAGACACCAUGAUCAGCUUCUUACCGCUUGCACAUAUGUUGGAACGUUGUUGCGAAAAUGGUUUAUAUAUGGUUGGAGGAUCAGUCGGUUUCUAUAGCGGUGAUAUCAAGAGGUUAUCGGACGAUAUGAAAGCUUUAAAACCCACCGUAAUGCCGGCAGUACCUAGGCUGUUAAAUCGCAUGUACGACAAAGUCCAAUCGGAACUUCAGGGUUCGUUCUUCAGGAGAAUGAUAUUCAACAUUGGGAUGCGCUCGAAAGAAAGAGAGAUCAAGAAGAGUAUAGUAAGGAACAAUGGCGUAUGGGAUAAGUUGGUAUUCAAGAAGAUACAAGAAUCUAUGGGUGGCAGACUGAGACUGAUGUUAGUGGGUUCCGCGCCAUUGGCUGGUAAUGUCCUUACCUUUACAAGGUGUGCCCUUGGUUGUCUCGUCGUCGAGGGAUAUGGUCAAACUGAAUGUUGCGCACCGAUCACUCUCACUAUACAGGGUGAUCAUGUACCAGAACACGUGGGACCACCAGUAGCCUGUUGCUGCAUUAAACUAGUAGACGUACCAGAAAUGGAAUACUAUGCUAUCAACAAUCAAGGAGAGGUGUGCGUUAAGGGCACUAACGUGUUUGUAGGAUAUUUCAAGGAUCCAGAAAAAACAGCUGAGGUAGUCGAUGAACUUGGAUGGCAUCACACAGGAGACGUUGGCAUGUGGUUACCCAAUGGCACGUUGAAAAUAAUCGAUCGGAAGAAACAUAUUUUUAAAUUGUCCCAAGGGGAAUACAUCGUUCCUGAAAAAAUCGAAAAUGCCUAUUUACGUAGUCAAUACGUACAUCAAGUAUUCGUCCAUGGAGAAUCUUUAAAAUCGUGCAUCGUAGGCAUAGUUGUACCAGACGUAGAUGUAAUUAAAUGUUGGGCCGUGGAAAAUGGUAUACCUGGCACAUUAAGCGUUCUUUGUGCAAAUCCAGAAGUCAAGAGAUUGAUCUUGUUCGAUAUGCACACGUGGGGAAAAGAAUUAGGUUUAAAGUCCUUCGAACAGGUUAAAGACAUUUACUUACAUCCGGAUCCAUUUUCUGUGCAAAAUGGGCUUCUCACUCCAACGUUAAAAACAAAAAGGCCUCAAUUAAAAGCGUACUUCAAGCCCCAAAUAGAAGAUCUUUAUCAACAACUGGACUGAUCGGAUUGAAAGUCAGUGUCUUCGUUGAACGAACAAUUGAAACGUUUCUCCAAUAAAUUCAGAUCUACCGUCUCAAAUAUUCCUUAAAGUCUUAAUACUUUUAUUAUGAAUCAUUUUCACAGAUAUAUAGAGCGUCGCAGAAGAAGCACCGUUUAAGUUAUUGAGGUACUUGAUAAUAUUAUAUCUAAUAAAAUGUGUUAUAUUAUUA